CGGGGACUUGGGGUAUAACUGUCCUGUUUCCUGCCGCGCGGUUUUGUUGGAUUAACGCUCUGACGUUUCGGUAACUUAGUCUAGGUUUGAAUUCCCCCUUUGCCUAAUUCGGACCCUUCCAGUUUGGUAGCCCCAAGUACACUACUCUUGGGUACUUCCGACAUCCCAUCUUCAUUGAAAAUCCUUGGAUUCAGUCACACACUAAAUGUUGCGUCUCACCAAUUGCCGCCUCUGUGACCACGGCAGACUAGUUUCCCGGGAUCUAUACAUCGACCAGGCGACGGGCACAAUUGUCCCUAAACCACCCAAAUCGGUGCAUGUUCAAACCGUUGAUCUUGGCGGAGCCAUCGUGGCACCUGGAUACAUCGAUAUCCAGAACAACGGCAUCUACGGCCUCAACUUCCUGGCACUAAACUCGGAAUCUUCGCCUGCGGAGGUGGCCCAGUUCAAGGCUUUCUACAGAGACUGCAUGGCCAAGUACCUCGCCACAGGGGUCACGUCCUUGUGUCCGACUGUGACCUCAAACUUCCCCAGUGUGUACCGCAAAGUGCUCCCCGUGUACAAACGGACGCGGUCACGUGCCAUGGCCGACUCUUUGGGUGCACAUGUGGAAGGCCCCUUUAUCAACAAGGCCAAGAAGGGGUGUCACCCCGCGGAGACCUUUGUGGACGGCCACACCAACAGCUUUGCCGCCAUCUACGGCGCAGAGAACUUGCGAAGCAACGUGACCAUUGUCACGGCCGCACCGGAGAUCCCCGGCGUCAUGGCGGAAAUCCCACGGCUUUUGGACCACCCCAAUAUCGUGUUUUCCAUAGGCCACACUACGCUGGAUCUGGCCACGUGCCGCCAGGCGGUCGCCAGUGGGGCACUGAUGGUCACCCACUUGUACAACGCCAUGCCGCAGCCGCAUCACAGAGAUGCUGGGGUGGUGGGCUUGGUGACCGACCCGCAAACAAAGGGCAACACGCCGUUCUUCGGUCUCAUCUGUGACGGCGUGCACGUGGCACCGUCGAUGUGUGUUUUUGCGUAUCGCGCCAACCCUGACAAAUGCGUGCUUGUCACAGACGCCAUGCAUCUAAUCGGCCUUGCUGACGGCACAUACCAGUGGGACAAACAGCGGAUUGUGAAGUCAGGCGCGUCGCUAUAUUUGGAGGGCACCACGACGUUGGCGGGUGCCGCCACGAAUCUUGCAGACUGUGUGAAAAACUUGGCCAAAUGGGCGGACAUCACUUUGGCCCAAGCAGUGAAGACCGUGACCAACAAUGCGGCUGACUCAUUGGGCAUUUGCCACAAAGGAUACUUGGAAGACGGGUGCGACGCAGACUUGGUGAUCUUGAACGAUGCUGGCGACGUACUUCAGGUCUACAAGUUAGGAACGCCUUUGUCUGUUUCGUCGGGGUUGACGGCGCAGCUUUGAAUGACUUGUUUCGAUGGCUUCAGCCUAGUAGCUGAUUAUAGAGCUUACAGAACAUGGCUGCUUUCAUAUAUCGUACAACACUUUAUGUAUGAGCGUGUGAUGCUGAGUAUCUCCGUCUCACAGUUCAAAAAGAUUGUUAGUGAUUCACAGUUUUGCAACGUUGUUAUUCUGUUCUUAGUUUCCCCAGCGUUCUAUAGAAACCAGCUCGAAAGUUCAGACCAUGCAUUAUUUCUUCUUUAAUGAUGAGAUGACCGAUGCUCUCAAUUCUUUCUAACAAGCUCUUAACGUCGUGAAUCCAGC